CCCUUAGUCGUGGUGGGGUUUAAGUGACUGUCAGGGCAUAGAUCGUGCCUGUUGCCGGAGGAUGUCAGUUCUUGGUUUGUUUGGGAGAGUUGAGCGAGGGUGGCGGGUAGUCGGAGGCUGAGAGCAGGAAGGAGGGAGCAGGCAGAAGGGAAGGCAGGAGAGGGGGUGUAUUGAGGGCAGUGUGGGCAGCGUAGCUCAGAGGAUGUGCGGUACCUGUCAGGAUGCUAAGUUGUGCUUGUUCGAGGACGAAGGGUAGGAGUUCCACCUCCACAAAAUACCAAAGAAAGGUGAAAGAACAAACUUCCAGAAAACAGAGAAGUUUUUCUUAGGUAAGUAUUCAUUUCUCAUUUGCCCUGAUAAAAGAAGAGGAGUGCAUCUUCGUGGAACGAUGACUCCUCGAUUGAUGACAAGAAUUGUCACUUUUCCUGUCCGUGGACGAAGAUGGGCUUUCCAUGCCAUGCCAGUGGCUGUGGAACGCUCCUCGUGCUCGUCUUCGGCGACAUCUUCGGAAGAGCGAUUGAGCUUGAGGGAUGUUCUGCGGAAGCUUCGAGAAGCAAGGCAGAUGAGCGAGCGAGCAACGAUUGUAGAGAAGUUUGCCAGGAACUCUAUGUUGAGCCAGUGGAAAGCGCUUGAAGUGUCCCCGCCAGGGUCGCUAAAGCAUCGCGUGUAUAGCGCAGGAGAUCGUCUAUUGAAACGGAUCCCGCCAACGGAAAACUUCUUGUCCUCUGUCUCCCCUGAAACGUCAGGCGUGGAGGUUAUCUACCCUGCGAGCCUGCCGGAGAAUUUGGUUAGGCGAAGGGUGCGACAUUUGGCAGUAAGCGGUAAACAGAGUCAUACGCGGCGCAUGCAGGUUGCGAUUGCGCUGUUGCCGUUUUCCGCAGCGCUCUCAAUCCUCCCUCUGCCCAAUGUUUUCCUCUUUUGGAACCUCUUCAGGGCUUAUGCGCACUGGCGGGCGUUGAACGGUAGCCGGGUUCUUUCUCCUCUGUUGACGUCACAGUCGUCCUCCUCGUCCUCGAUGUCAUUUUCAAAGCUUGCUUCUGUCGACGAAGCAGGUAGGGGCGAGUCGUCUCGAUUGUCGAACUCGGACAGAGGAGACAGAGCAGGUAGAGGUAGUGGUGGGCUCGGCGAGAGGAGGAUCGCAGUCAACACAGACGAGGAGGAGGGUAGUGAUGCGAAAGAUCGAGGGGAAUCGGAAGGAGGAAAACGAGGGGGAUGGAACAAACCUACUGCCGGUUCGAAGCUGACGAUGGUGGCGUCAAGUGAGCUUGAUGAACUGCUGGGAUGGAAGGACCAGCAGUCGGACAGCUGGAGGAGAAGAAACCUGGAUGAUGGCUCUCCUGUGAGCGACGAGGUGCUGGGACGGAUAUGUCGGACGUACCACAUUGACAUAGAAACCGUGCUGAAAUGGCGGGAUUAUAAUUUUUAGGCCCUGGUAUUCAGAGUAGGCAGUUUUGCAGAGCAGAGCAGAGAGAGAGAGAGAGAGAGAGAGAGAGAGAGAGAGAGAGAGAGAGAGAGAGAGAGAGAGAGAGAGAGAGAGAGAGAGAGAGAGAGAGAGNAGAGAGAGAGAGAGAGAGAGAGAGAGAGAGAGAGAGAGAGAGAGAGAGAGAGAGAGAGAGAUGGGAAGACGGGCAGACCGAAAGACAGACAGAGACUGAUAAAUGGACAUGCAUGAUGUCAGAGCGGGAAAAGCUGGAGGGGGUUGGGGAGCAAGAGAAUGUUGUGCUGCCCCUUAGUCUACUUCAGAAAAGGAAAGAGAUAUCUUUGUGUUGCUACUCGGUGGCAUGAUGCGCGAGUGAGUGAGAAAAAGGUGCAGGAGGGGUUGGGAAGCAAGAGAGGGUUGUACCGCCCCUUCUCUCUUGUCUACUUCAAGAAAGGAAAGAGAUAUCUUUGUGUUGCCACUUGUUGGCUUGCUUAGAUUUUGGCAGUGUAAAAGUGUUGUGCUAUUUUGUUUUCUCCUGGACCAGUUCUGUGUACGAGUACGAGAAGGAAAUAGUAGUUUGAUUCAUUGGGAGCGUGAUCAAAGAGCGAAAGUACAGAAAAUAAAUAUGGUCAUAUGUC